UUUCAAUUGUAAGUUAACCCUAUUAUUUGAAUGUAAAUAAAAAACAUUAAAAAAAUCGUUUAAUAAAUAUUAUACACAAUGGACAUAUCCUCUGUACUAUCCGCAGAAAUAUCCGCUACCUGCAACGCUUUGGGUUACUUCGAUGAAAAAUCCAACAAAUAUUUUUCCGAUGGAAACGUCCUGGAAACAGUCAAAGACCUCGUCCGGUAUCUCCGGCGCGACGACGAAAACCACAGCAUUCGAAGGCAACUCGGCAAAAGCAAAGUACUGCAAACCGAUUUGCUCCCCUUACUAAAAACCUACCACGAAGAAAGCGACCUGUUCGACGUGCUCUUGAGGCUCGUAAUGAACCUAACCACGCCGCCUUUGCUGCUCUUCAACUUCGAAAUACCCACCGAUUUGUUCCAGCGAAACCUCUACCUGGAAAUGGACGAUCACCUGCAAUCGUACAAGGAAUCGUUCGCCGACGAGGGCAUUUGGGCGGUGUUCAGCACCCAUCUGAGUAGGAUACUCGAAAUCGAGCACGCCGAAAGAGGAGAAGAAAACAGCGUUAAAAUCGAACGAAUAUUAGUACUGAUCAGAAACGUUCUAUUCGUCCACUCGGACUCGGAGGAACGAAGGCCGGACAACGAUGCAAGCCUGCACGAUCAAGUACUCUGGGCCCUACACCACUCCGGCCUGCUAGAUAUAAUUUUGUACAUAACGACGAAUCCCAUCGAACAAACUUACUACAUGUACAUAUUGGAGAUAAUGUUUUUCAUGUUGAGGAACCAACGGCCGCAGGAUUUGGCCCAGGCCGCUUUGGAGCGCAGCCAAACCGAGAAGAUCCGAGACGAGGCCGAGUUGGUGAAUCUGAAGAACGUCGAGCAGGUGAGGAAGCAGUACAAAAUGAAGAAAUACGCGGGCGCCAGGCAUUCGAGGUUCGGUGGCACGUUCGUGGUGCAAUCGAUGAAGAGCAUCAACGACAACGAACUGAUCUACCACAAAUCUCUGAACAAAUUAGAAUCGCUAGACUUCGAUAACGGCAAAACGAAGAGGAAAACGCCGAAGAACAGGACGCCUUUGCAGAGCAAUUCGAUCGAACGAAGGUCCGCUUUCAUGAUACGACUCUUCCUGAAGGAAUUCUGCAUCGAAUUCCUGAACGGGGCCUACAACGCCACGUUGCGGUACAUCAAAAGCGUACUUGUCAGGUCAAGCGAUGAGGCCCACGACGAAUCGUACUAUUUCUGGGCGAUGAGCUUCUUUAUGGCCUUCAAUCGCAGCUACAAGUUCGAGGUGAAGUUGGUCAGCGAAACUCUGUCGGUGGAAUCGUUCUAUUACAUCCAGCAGCAAAGCGAAAACUACUUCGACAGGAUUAAAACGGACAAAAAGAGAUUGAAAGUGUGGUCGAGGAGACUCCACAUGGCGAUAUUGACCUACAAAGAGCUACUCCUAACUCUGCUCGCCAUGGAUAAAUCGACGGACGAAAACGUUAGGGAGUCCUCGAAAGUGAUCAAAAACAACUUAUUCUACGUACCGGAGUAUAGGGAAUUCGUACUAACUUUGUUAAUAUCCUUCGACGAACUGAAACUAACAGACGCUUAUCUGAAAGAUUUGCUAGAAACCCAGCACCAUUUCCUGAAGAUGUUCGAGGGUUACUGCAACAGAGAAGGAUCGUUGAUUGUACAGAAGAAGUCGCUGCAUAAACGAAAGAAAAAGGCUGCCAAUCGAGCCGCCUCCAAGGAGGAAUCGACCGAGAAACUGAACCGAUUGUGGGAAUCGUCCUCGCCUCAAAUAGUCGCUCUGUUAGAAUCAGGCGGUAGUUUUUUAACCAGAGAAGUACCGUUCGAUGCCGCCUCGGAGGUCCCCGUAGACGAUCAAAAAACCGACGCCAUAAAGAAAAUUCAAAACAAACUAAGACAAUCCGAGUUCGAGAGCGCUAUAAGCAUCAUACGAGCGGCAAGAGAAGUGUGGCCUGAGAACAAUUACUUCGGCAGCGACAAUAUGACCACCGAAGAAGAAUUCCUCGCUAUGAAAGAGAUGUUCUUCGCCGAUUUGGGCGAGGAAGCGCCCGAAACGAACGUUCAAACGGAAAGCGAUGGUGAAGAAGAGGAAGUUCGUCAGGAAGCGCGCGAAGUCAACUUCAAUUUCACCGAAUUCCUCGGCCGAUUGGCCCACCCGAAGAUCGUCCGGACCUGCGGCAUCGCUUUGAGAACCUUCGAGACGAACCCCAUCGGUACCAAUCACUCCGUCGUCAAGCUGCUUCACAGGAUAGCGUUCGAUUGCAAGAUGUACGUCAUGCUGUUCCAGUUGAGCCUGUUCCGGACGUUCCAGAGGAUAUUCGAGCUCAAAGACGCGCCCCAAUACAAGGAAUUGGUGAAGUUCUCCACCUACAUUGUGAGGCAGUUCAUAAACGUAUCGCGAACCAACGAUAAGGUUUACAUCGAAGCGUUGUUUUGGAAGACGAAGAAAGAAGCUUACGAGAUCGAGCACGGUUACGGUACCAGCCGAACGGUGGCUACUUCGGGCUGGUCCGAUGAGGAAAAGAACGAACUCGAAGUACUGUUUAACGAAUACCACGAUACGAACGUACAAGAAGACAUCAUCGAUUGGAUAUUGAAGAACCUAAUCAAUCAUACGAGAACUCGACGGAUGGUAUUGAGGCAACUCAAAGUUAUGGAUCUCAUAGAUACAUAUAAAAGGAACAAACAGCAAACUGGGAUCCAGCGCGACUGGAAUCCAGAGGAAGAAUCGCAACUCGGUGAAUUGUUCAAUAGAUGCAAAGACUCUUCUGAUCCGGUUAGUUCGAUUAUCGAUCAACUUUCUACCAAACGAACGAAGAAAAACGUCACCGAUAAGCUAUUAGAGUUGGGAUUGAUACGAAGCAAAAGCGAAGUACGCAAGAAGAAAGAACCGAACAACGAAAGGGAAACGACUGAUGUUAACAGAUUAUACGACAGCGAAUCCGACUCCUCCGAUGAACCGACUCCCAAAUCUCCGGUGGCCAAAAAAAGGGAAUUCUCCGUAAACACCAGCAAAAGCGAAGUGGUGGAUUUGAUCCGGAGGAUACUCGGCGCCGAUUCGGACGCGAGAGUCGGCGUCGAGUGGCUGAAAGAGAGCAUCGCCGAGGCGCUAGAAGACGCCGGGGACGCCGCCGAAGACGUGCCUUUGGUGCCGCUGUCCGAGCCGGCGGAAAACUGCAUGGAAAAUGCCGGUUUUCAGGCGCUGCUCAGGGCGUUGGGUAUCACGCAGCCGCUGGACGAGCAAGAGGCCUACUGGAGGAUACCGAAGGAAAUUGGCAAGGAGGUGUUGGAGAAUCAUCUGGAUUUGUUAGAGUGCGGUUUGAGCGGCGAGAGAGAUGAGGAAGCGCAGUCGCCGCCUCACAAACGGAUUAGAUUAUCGGAAGAACGAGAUUUUUAAAAUGUAAAAUUGUAUUUUAAUUUAAGAUUUAUUUUAAAUAUGUAUACGAAUGUUUAUAAUACCUUUGAAGCAGUUUUUCUAGAUAAAAAUGUGUACUUUUAUUAAAUUCUUCUAAUUUCU